AUGCUUCGGGCGGCUCAGGUUAUGCCAAUGACUUGUGGCAGUAUCCCGGCAGCAUUAGACAAGCAGUUACCAGCUCUAGAAAUGCUCGCGAGAUCUGCUCAGCUUACGGUCUCCCCUGUGGAGAAACCCGCGUGCAUCGACUCAUCUUCAGAGCACGUCAUUCAAUUGCAACAACUAGAAGACACGCAGCCAGAUCAACAUACUCUACAGACUCACGUGAAGCCAAGGAGGAGCUCUCGCGUUCGCAGAUUAACUAAGAUCAAUACACCAGCUUUUUCAGCAAGAUCGAGUCGACCAUCACGUCGCAAGAAAAUUUGUAAAGCUCUCCAAUCUGCACCGACAUGGAGAGUGGCAUACAUCAAGGAUAGCGUCACUACAGCUAGAGGCGAGAAACUCUAUCGAGUACUGUGGCGGACGAAAAAAUACGGUCGUCUACCCCGGACGUGGGAGCCGCACAAGAUGCUGUCAGAGGACGGUUUUGGAGAUAUGCUGGCAAUUGUGGACGAAUGGGUUGACGCCGGGAGAAAGGAAGACUUCUUUCAAUUUGUAUCGCAGAAGUACCCAUCUGUGGCAGGUGCAAAUCCCACUGGAACAUGUCUGUUCCUCGCACUCCAGCAAGUACUGGUAUUGGUUGGUGAUGUUGAAGGUGUAAAAGAUGCACAUAUUCAACACUUCCUCGAGCGCUCUGAGGAACUUCUCCAGGACCUGUCCCGUGGGUUACCUUGGCGGAUUUUUCGGGCGUUUAUUUCUCAAGUACAUUUAAAGGGUUCUAGACUAUCAUUGGUAGAUAUUGAUGAUAACAAGCACCGAACGGGGCAUCGUGGUAUUGCGGCCUUUGAGAGACUGAACCUGGAAGACGGCUUCUAUUUGGUUGCUGCGAGUAACACCAUGGCUGUUGGACACGCAUUUGUCCUUCAAGUUGUGGAUGCUAGGAUGACAGUCUAUGACGACAACAUUAAGCGUUCACUCAGGUCCUACCGCGAAUGGAUUGAUAGAUUGAUGUUUGUCCGUAAGGUAGUCCUUCAGAAUUAA